CUUGCAAACAACUUUAAGAGUCAGUCAGCAAUGGCUGCAGCAGAAAUUCCCAGUUACAUUGUUUCUUCUCAGACUGAGAAACACAGAAGGGCCAGAAACUGGACUGAUGCAGAAAUGAGAGGUUUAAUGCUGGUUUGGGAAGAAUUUUUUGAUGAACUGAAACAAACUAAAAGGAAUGCCAAAGUUUAUGAGAAAAUGGCUAACAAACUCUUUGAAAUGACUGGAGAAAUUCGCCACGGAGAGGAAAUAAAGAUAAAAAUUACAAAUAUGACAUUCCAGUACAGGAAAUUAAAAUGCAUGACUGAUAGUGAAACUGUUGCACCUGACUGGCCUUAUUACAAAACCAUUGAUAGGAUCCUGUCUAAAGUAACAGAACACAGUGAUGUGAAAAUGCAUGAAAGUCAGCAACCAGGUCCUUCUACAUCACAGACUGAAGCCUCACAGUCACCAUCAGCUAAGUCUACACCUCUCUACUUACCAUAUAACCAAUUUACUUAUGAAGGAAGGGAAGAGUGUUUUGAAGAUGAACAUUCAGAGAGCUCAUCGAGCCUACUUUCUUACAAGCUUAGAGCUGAAGAAAGACCAGUUAAGAAAAGAAAACUGCAGAGCUGUAGUUUCCAAAAGAAGAAGCUAAAAUUAAUGGAAGCCAUGUUGGAAGAACAAAAGAAAUUAAGCAGAGCUAUGGAAGAAACCUGUAGAGAGGUGCGCAGGAUUUUGGAUCAGCAAAACAUCAUUCAAGUUCAAAGCUUACAGCUACAGGAAAGAAUGAUGAACCUAUUGGAGAAAAUGAUUUCCAAGUCUAAUGUGUAG